AUGAUGGGCAACGGACCCGUCUCUGAGGUCGGCGACCAUCACUUUUGGGAGAGUGAGGUGGAGCUGGCAAGGAAGAAGAUGACGGCACCGAAUGGGAAGAAGUUUCGCUACUUUGAUGACAAGGGCGUCUUCAACUUUGUCUUUCUGGCGUGGAUGCAUGGCUGGGUCAAGGAAACGUCGAGGAGGUACCUGGACCCUUACAUGCUCCACCCGCUCCCGCUGGCUGACCAGAUUCUCAAAUGGCAGCCAAUUCUUUCCAGGCAUGUUAGCGAUGGCAUCGCCAGCAUUGAGGCCCACGAGUCCCUCAGCGAAGAGGAAAGGAAGAAAGCCAAGAAGCCGGCCAGGUACAUUCUGCUGAGGGCGCUCUUCUUGACCUUUUGGAAGAGACUAACCAUCAUCCUAAUAGGAAUUGUGAUUAUGAACGCCAUCGGUAUGAGUGUCGCUGCCUUUUUGCACAAGUUACUUGGCCUAUUGUCCGAAGGAGAAUUCAGAUUCGUGACCUUCUUCUUUCUGGUGGUGGCCGUCAUUGCAAUCGAGCUAAUAAAAAUGAUCGGCAUGAGUCACAUCAACUACUAUGUACAAAGACUCGCCAUCCUCCUCGAUGCGUGCCUUCGUGUCACGAUCUUCCAGCACGGUCUUUGCUACAGACGCGGCAACUUUGCCAACUUUCAGUCCAAGGAGGGGGUUUGCAAGAGCACCAUUCACUGUUGUUCCGGAGAAGACGCAUGCACGGAUAACCCACUACUGUGCCCGGCAAGGCGCUACAAGAACAAUGAAGUAACCCCGAAAAUGUACGCUCUGGUCCUCACGGACUCUUACUACCUUCCCUUUUUCAUCGAGGCUGUUCCUGGGUUUGUUGAUUUCUUGACCUCGCUGACGUAUGGAAUCAUCUUAAUGAACAGUCAGUUUAACAUUAAAGCAGGAACUGUUCUCAUCGUGUCACUCUCUCUAGUUGUGUGCAUGUUCAUUGUUGAGAUCUUGAAUGGUUUCAUGUUAAGGUGGUAUCUCGGAAUCAGAGACCAUAGAAUUUCUAAAUCAAGCGAGGUAAUCUCUGGGCUGCACUUGAUUGAAGCCAUGGCUCUUGAUGAUAUCGGCCACGAUAUCAUUACCGAGACCAGAAAUGACGAGCUUAAAAUCGUCUUUGUUCGCUUCCUCGUGUCUCUAGUAAACAAGGUCAUAAUUGUGUCAAUCAUGUGCAUAGACAUUAUCAUUCUUGUCAACGACUUUGUCGGAGAAGUCAGAGAAGCUACUGACCUUAGGGGCGUGAAUCCUUCGGGGAUCUUGGCAUCCAUAUUUGUCAUUAUGAAGAUCAUUGGUCCGCUCUACAUGGUUCCCAUGUACCUGAGACUCAUGCUAUUCGGGAUCAAUGCAUUCAAAAGAGUGGAGUAUUUCCUCAGAACUUGUUCUCCAAAUUUUUAUUUGCAGGACAACAAGUUUACUGGGAGGAAUCCUUUGCCAGAGGCACUACCUGCUGAGGAUAAGACACUGCCCAAGGGACUAGUUGUGAUGUUCAAGAAGGCCUCCUUUGCGUGGGUCAACAGUAGAAAGGAUCUUCUUGACAAUACUGGUACUACUUGUCUUAGGAACCUUGACUUUGUCCUAAACACUGGUGAUCUUGCCAUUGUCACUGGUGCUCAGGGUUCUGGUAAGACCAACUUUAUCAAGGCUAUCCUUGGUGACAUGACUCUUGUUGAAGGAUCAAUGGCCGUAUUGCCUCUCUCUACCAACAUGCCAAUAUUCUAUGCUUCUCAGGAUGUCUGGCUACAAAAGGGUACCAUUAAGUCUAACAUUACCUUUGGUCACAGAUUUGAUGAGGAUGUCUACAACACUGUCAUUAAGGCAGUUGAACUUGAACAUGACAUUUCCACCUGGAACGGAGGUGACAUGCGCAAGAUUUCUGAACAUGGCUACUCUCUCAGUGGAGGUCAGAGAGUAAGAGUUGGACUUGCUCGUGCCAUCUACGCUUACCUCAUCUUUAGCAAGACUAAUAGGGAGAGUGAAUCUGAACAUUCCUUCCUUGUGGUAAUAGACGACUCAUUUACUGGUCUGGACCCGUUUGUGGCGAGGACCAUUUUCAGGAACUUGUUUGAAAAGGGAAAAGGCUUGCUGGAAAAGGGUGAUGUAUCUGCAGUUCUUACCAUCUCAAAGAACAUCUUGGACGCCUGCGUAUCAUCAGCGUCUCCAGAUUCAUUCCCAGAUGCUCCGAUAUACUCGCUGAGAAACGAGACGCUCAUACAGAGGAACAAGCUGAGGUAUCUGAUAGAAAACGAAGCUGGCCAUCUUGAGCCUCCAAAGCCCUCUGAAGACAAGAUGGAACUACCGUCUAGAUCGCAUGAGAUGCUUGGAAGAUGCGACUCUGAUGACUAUACCAGACCGGGACGAAGAGGCUCUACAGAGUCUAAAUACUCUGACUCGCCCACAGUUCAGCAUUUGUAUGAAAAGAACAAGACAAAGGACUCUAAAUCAGACAAUGCGGCUCAGUUCAAGGUUUACUUCCAUGCGGCUGGUUGGUCCAUUGCACUCUUCUUCAUAUUUACAUUUACCUUCUCAAGUUUGGACAGCACAAAGUUCAUCAUCACCUCCAAGGUCUCUGACUCUAUCGUUGAUUACGCAAAUGAGCAUAGUCAUACGUCAGUUACGCUUGAGGAUGUUAAGGAGUAUUGCUAUAGAUCUUUGAGGUGGAUCAUCAUUCUCUCGGUAUCUGUCAUGGUUGGGGUCUUCUUCCGUGCAUUGGCCAUGACCCAGGCCUCUUUUAAUGUUUCAAGGAGAAUCCAUGAGUAUUGCAUCAACUCCAUCUUCACCAAUAGCUCUGGAGUGUUGAGCAUCAAAAAGUCGUUGAGCAGUGUGCAAACAUUCUUGUACAUGGAUACUCUUUCCAUUGACAACAUGUUGAGUUACUACCUCCACGACGUUUUUGUACUGCUGAUUGAGAUGGGUGUUCAGAUGUUUACGCUCUUCUUUAUGAUACCUUGGGCUACUCCGAUUUCCAUUGUGCUCUGCUUUAUCAUCUUCCGGUAUAUUGUCUACUACUACAUCAAGGCUUGCAAGAAUGUAGCAUUUUCGCGUUUGGAAGCUUACAACCAAAUUGAUUCCGCCAUAGGGUCGGCAAUCUCAGGUUUGCCGAUUUGCAGAAGUUUUAAGAGUGAAUGGAAGUUGGUUCACACGAUGAUUGAGCAUGUUGACUAUAAUGUUAGGGGCACAUACAUGAACAAUUCCGCAAUGUUUUGGAGCUCCAUCGCUUCCAGAUGUUUGCUCUCGCCACUUGCUUUGUUCAUUCUCCUCUUUCCUAUUAUCCGUUCCAGGUUCUGUGACAUGGAUAUCAAGGUUGGUUACUACGGCAUGGCUUAUUCGUUAUUUCUGAACAUUAACAAUUACUUUGCAAACUUUCUGGAGAUAUCGUAUUACCUCCAGUUGCAUUCGCUUCCCAUGAGGAGGUUCGAGAAUUUUAUUCCUCCAAAUACUCCACUCAAAUUUGGCGAUAGGAAGGAUAUCCACCGGACAGAUUUUGUCGUGGACCGUUCCACAUCAGCUGGAGGCGAUCAGCCGUCCGAUGAGAACAUCAAGGACUCCAUUCGUAGAAGGCGACGUAGUGAGCAUGCCAAGAGAAGAGCUGUUCAUUGCACUAGUCUCAAGAUGCUCCUCUUUAAGCACAAGGUUAAUGUGCUUGACGUGUCCAAGUAUGCAGUUCCAGGUACUACUAGGAUAAAGUUGGAUAAUGUGAGCGUGCACGUUGUCUCCAGGGAUUCCAAUGAGAAGCAUGCCAUUCUCAAGAAUGUUACAUGUUCAGCUGAUACCUCGGACAUUAUCGGCAUUGUUGGCAGAACUGGAGCAGGAAAGUCUACCCUGUUGUCAGUACUUCAAAACUUGGCUAGAAAUAGAGACGGUUCUGUUCUCCUAGACGGUUGUGACUUGAAUGAUAUGCCAAAGAAUGUGACUAGGCAGAUCAUCGGAGUACUUCCUCAACUGCCAUUUGUAUUCAGGGGGUGGACUGUUCGCAGAUUCAUUGAUCCAAGAAUGUUAUUUGAUGACGCUGACAUUGAAGCAGCCUUGGAAAAUUGUGGCUUACUCAAGUUUGUCGAGAGUCUUCCUGGAGGAAGAGGAUUAAAUACCAUCAUUAUACCUGACCAUUACCACAAGGAUCUACCAAGGCAUUUAAAGAGAGCUUAUUACGGGCCUACUCUAAGACCCUAUGAUGUCCCCUCCGCAGACAAUGUAAAUAUAGACUAUGGAGCUGUACUCUCAAGCUCCCAACUCCGCACACUAUCAGUGGCAAGACUAGUAUUAUACAGAGAAUUUUACAAGAUACUCCUGGUUGAUGAGCCUCCAGAAGAUGAGGUUGGAACAUACAAUACUGCAGAGACUCCCAUUUAUGAGCUCAUCAAGACCUACUUCCAGCAUUGUACGACCUUCAUUGCGGCACAUGAUGUUGACGUUUUGCGUCUCUGCACUUCAGUUUGGGUCUUUCACAGCGGGUCUCUCAUCAAGACCUGCAAGACUGAAGAAGUUAUAGACAGCGGGUCACUCUCCAAGAUUAUAGAGGAUUGCAUUACCACACACGUUUAA